AUGACUGACAAUGAACUCCAGCAAGAAUUUUCAAAAUUUGGACCUAUUGAAUAUGCAACUGUAGUUAAGGACAGAAAUACAAAUGAAUCGAAAGGUUUUGGUUAUGUUAAAUUUAAAAAAGUAUCUAGUGCAGCAAGAGCAUUUGAAGAAUGUGAUAGAAAAUAUAAAGCUGUAUUUGCUGAACCAAAAAAGCCUAAACCAGAACAUAUUGAUGUAAAAUACAAUAAUGGAUUAUCCUCCCAUUACGAUGGUACAAGCGGAGGUUAUAGUUCAUCAAAUUUUGGGAAAAGCAGUAUUAGUUUAGAAAUUGCUACAAAUUAUCCUAAUUCUGAAGGUUAUACGCAUUUACAAGUAAUUGCACAUCCAGCAUUAAAUCAAGAUCAAUUAUGGAAAUUGUUUGAUAUCGUACCUGGUUUGGAUUAUUGUCACUUAAAAAAUGAUGUAAGAUACAGGAUGCCACGAGGUCAAGCUGUUGUAGUAUAUUCUAAUCCCAGUGCAGCAGCAUAUGCAAGAGAAAAAUUUCAUGGCUUCGAAUAUCCUCCUGGACAUAGAAUGAUAGUUAAGCCAGAUUUAUCAAAUGUUCCACCAAAAAAUGCGAUAAAAGCUGGUAGUUCUACAGGUGGAAUUGCUAGUGCUAGAACGGAUCUAGCGCAUUUGGCUGAAACAAUUGCUCAAGCUACUUCUUUAAUUCAAGCAGCAGGAUUAACUGCACCAAGUUUAGAACAUUCAAUGUGUGUUAAGUUACCACCUGUACAACCAAUGGCUAGUAUAGAUGCAGAAGUUGCUAAAAGGUGUUUCAUCGUAUGUGGACCGCCUGUGCCCCCUAUAUACGCCAUGAAGGAUGCUUUCUGCAGAUUUGGAAACCUGAUAGAUGUUUAUAUGCUUCCAGGGAAAAAUUGUGGUUAUGCAAAGUAUGCUAGUGUAGAAAGUGCAAAUGAAGCAAUUGAGGUUCUACACGGGCAAGAAAUUUGUGGAUCUCGACUGAAAGUACUAGAAGCAGAAGAGCGCAACGUUGGUGAAGAUCGCAGAAAACGGUUACGAAUGGACGAAGACGAAAAUUAA